CCCGCCCGCCGCCGCCAUCUUGGCCGCUCCCGCGUGCCGGCGCGGGGGGCCGGGACGGGCCCUGGCGCGGCGGAGCCGCCGCGGAUCCGCUUCUCAGUCGGGCCGGAGAGUGGGACACCGGCGUGCACCGUGGGAACGGGGUGGGGUGGCUUCUGUUAGCGGCAGUGCCGGUGUGUGCCGUGCUGGAAGUGCUUAGGUGACUUGUCACGGCAGCAAAGCUGACGGUUCAUGAAGGGUUUGGACAACUCUCAGGCAAAAUGUUUUUAACAACAGUAUUACUGCGGAAGAGAAUUCCUGGGAAACAAUGGAUUGGGAAGUACAGGCGACCAAGACAGGUUACCAUUUCAAUGAAGCAAGCAAUGAUCCGAAGGUUGGAAAUUGAAGCAGAGAAUGAAUAUUGGCUCAGCCAGCCUUACCUGACACAGGAACAGGAAUACAAACACAACACUGAAGAGAGACGUGCCAAGUGGGAAGCUUUCAAAAGCCUGAAACAAGCCAAGUUUCCUGAGCACAGAUACAUCAGCGAUCAUUUAAACCACUUAAAUGUGACAAAGAAGUGGACAUGUUGAAUAAUACAGCAUAUUUAUAUUUGGCAGGUGUUGUGCACUACCCUGGGAUCUGCUCUCAUACCUGUUAUGGUAUUUCACCAUAAUUAUGGUGGGUGACAAAUAAGAUGUUGCUUUGGUGUACAAAAUACUACAUUAAAAGUAGUCCUCUGAAACAG